AUGUCAUUCUCGCAGGUAGCCCUUGCUGCAGCUCUCCUUUGGACCGUGGUUCGGGGCGACGAUCCGUGCUUCGAGUCAUCACGCUCGCGGCUGUCGAAGCUCAUGAACUCCACGGGCAGCCGAAAUUCGAGUAUCUCUUGUGGAUGCCGUCCAGCUCACCAAGUUCGGAUGUACCGCCACUGCGUGCGAUCAACAAGCACCAAGGUGACGGGAGCCAACCCGGAUUACACCCAUCUCCAAAACUAUACGGACUUGCCGAUGCCUGAUUGGAACACCCCGUUGAAGUGGUGCACCGCGCAGGGAGCUGUACUCAUUGAGAGGGAAGGACAGAAGCUGAAGCAGCAAGAGCCGACGAUGGAAGUUUCGAAGCUUAGGGUUCUCGUGGACAGCGUUCACCGCGAUGCCACGACUGCAAACUCCCUACUUCAGGGUCUGGCUGACAAGGGCGAGGUCUACACGGCAAACGUUGAGUACUAUCCGCUGCUCUUCAAUGCGGUUGCCCCAAACACUGGCGCAGGAGUUUGCCAUGGUCCUGACACAGAGCUUGUCACGGCACAGAGGCAGCAACGUCUGGACACCACUCCAAUGCCCAUGGGCAUCGGUCCUGCUCACAGCAUGAACCAGACAAGGUACGGCGAAGUGCUGGACAUUUUUGAGAAUUUAUUCGGCAUUGGUUCUGCAGGUCCACUGAGGAAUCUGACCAACCCACCGAUCAUUGAGCACAAGACAGGCGAGCUGAUAGGGGCGGCCAUCGUGCUGAAGUUCUUGGCCACGAACUUGUUGUUUGCUUAUGCAUCUGGCAUUCCACAUCCGACUCACACACCGGCAAGCCAGGAGCAGAUACUCGAGCUUGCCUCCUGGAUCGACUGGCAGCGCAGGGUCACCGCAGUGCCUGCUUUUCUCACCCCGGAGAAAGCUUGUGGUGCUCUCUCUAUCAUUACGGCUCUGCUGGACAAGUCCAGGCACAGAAACGUCAUCCAUGUGGGGCAUGACACUGACCUUGACGCCUUGGCACACUUCUUCCAGAUUGCGUGGCAGGCACCUCCUUACCCGGCAUUGACGACCACACCGCCGGGUUCAUCACUUGCGUUUACCCCGCGAGGUGACAACACAGCUUCGGUACAUUUCACCUACCAAGUCUUUGAUUCGACGAACGACCCUGAAGUAAAGGUCGUCCCGACCGUUCCUUCCCAGGUGGACUUGCGCGAAGUCCAGGCUUUCAUCGAGAAGCAAAUCCUGGAGUUUGCAGGUGAAAGCUGCCUCGAAAGCUGCAAGAGGCUGGUUGCGAAGCUGUGA